ACACUGCUAAUUUAUGUAGCUUAUGGAGGUUUAGAAGGACCAGAGUGUGCUCAGCUCUCCUCUCUGUAUUAGCCGUUAUUUUGAUGGAGGCGCCCUUCACUCCGUUAUAUGCAGCAUUUAUGGGAGUAAGUGCUGGAAACGCACAGAGAAUUAGAUCCACCAUUCAAAAUUAGCUCCACAAUCCGAUUUUAUCCUUCCGACGAGGGUAUUUCUUUGUUUAAUCGGAAGAUGGUGGCUAAACAGAGGAUCCGGAUGGCCAACGAGAAGCACAGCAAAAACAUCACGCAGAGGGGAAACGUGGCCAAGACCCUGCGACCACAGGAGGAGAAAUAUCCAGUUGGGCCGUGGCUUUUGGCACUCUUCGUAUUUGUUGUUUGUGGAUCAGCCAUCUUUCAGAUCAUUCAGAGCAUACGAAUGGGUAUGUGAUCGCAGUGUGAUUCUUCAUCUUCUACACAUCCAUGGAAUCUGUGCCCAUUAGGUUUCCCAGUCCCUGGGAAAAGUGGAGAUCUGGAAAUGUGAAUGCCCUGCGUACAGUGCGCAACAUCAACCAUGUUUACAAUGAACCUGGAUAUUAGGAAGAAGUGCUUUUCUACUGAAUCAUUGUGGCUGGCUUUGCUGUCAUGUCUCAUCACGGAUCAUGUUUGUUUGUGCAAUAGAUUACAGACUUUUGUAACCAUUAACUGUGAAACA